AUGCAGUCAUGGAAAUGUCCAAACUGGAUUCUGCAACAUCCAGCGUAUCUGAAGAUGAAAAACCUGGAGGUCGAAGAUGCUGAACAAAUCCACGCUGCUUUCCUUGUUUACAUGAAUCUCACCGAGGUCCGUCACUGGAAGGAGGUAUCGUGUCUUAAAAGUGAGCCACUCAAGCUCGUAUUGUUGGAGGGGAAGGAAAAAGAAGGAUCUGCCACAUACUCUGUUCUUCCACUACCUGCGCAUCGAUCUCUGAGCCACAAAAACAUACGAGACGUUCUGGAGCGAGGCUUUCCCAUGCUGCUGUGCGCCGUGGCCGCCGACUCCACGCUGGUCUACCAGAGGUUGAGCGACGGCUUGGUGACCCCUGAUCCGCCGGCGGGCCCCUUCCUGGACGUGGACCGCCGGCAGCGUAGGAAGAGACGGCAGCGACGCCAAGCCGCGCUAAACAGUGACUGA